CGCCGGGCGCGCCGCCCCAGUCGCUGCUGCAGGCUGCGCGCUGUGUCCUGCUGCGCGGGAAGGCUUGUGGGGCGUCCGUCUCGGCUCCUUGGGCGGCCCCAGGCCUUCAUUCUCGCUGUCUCCACGGCCCACGCCUGGUACUUCAGGCAGGCGCCGUGCGCGUACCGCACCUGAACUUCUGUCGCUGCAAGACCCGGCCGGGCGCGCGGAGACCUCAGCUGCCCCUUCCUCCAGGGUCUUUAUAUCACAGAACCAAAGACCAUUCAGGAACUGCUGUGUAGCCCCUCGAAGUACCGCCUGGAAAUCCUGGAGUGGAUGUGUGCACGGGUCUGUCCCUCCUGGCAAGACAGGUUCAGCUCACCUAAGGGGGCCUCAGCCGAGGUGAAGAUCCAAGAGAUGGUGAAACUGGGCCAUGAGCUGAUGUUGUGUGGGCUGGAUGACCACGAGCUCCUGAAGGGCCGGGCCUGUGCCCAGAAGCAGCUGCGCUUCAUGGACCAGCUGCUGGACGUGGUCCAGAGCCUGACUGUCGGAGGCUCCAGCUGCCUCAGUGUGAAAGAGCACUUCGAGGACACGAGGGAGAAGAAUGAGGCGCUGCUGGGGGAGUUCUUCUUGAGCCCCCGCCUGCAGAUGCUCCUGAGCCCCGAGUGUGACGCGCGGCCCCUGGGCGUGCAGCCACCUCUCGACAAGCAGAGCAAUGCCUGGCGGAGGGCCAGCCCCUCCAUCGAGUCAGAGGAGGACACGGUGGCAGAGCUGGCCAGGCAGCUGCAGGAGAGCGCCUCGAAGCUGCAGUCGCUCAGGGUGGAGUACUUUGCGCAGCACAAGCAGGGAGCCGCUGUGGGCGGGGCCGACGCCAGCACCCUAGACCAGAAGCUGCGCCUGGUCAUCUCUGACUUCCGCCAGCUCGUCGUGGCUUUCCUGCAAGUCUAUGACGAUGAGCUGGGAGAGUGCUGCCAGCGCCCAGGCCCCAACCCCCGCCCGUGCGGCCCCAUCGUCCAGGCCGUGUACCAGACUCUGACCUCAUGCAGCCAACUGUUGAAAGCGGUCGUGGAGGUCACUGACACCUCGGUGAAAGCUGUGCAGAUGGCGAAGCAGCAGCAGGGCAAGCAGAUGUGUUGGGGCAGCAACAAUUCUGUGAUGAGUCUAGCCAUCAGAAUGGAAGGGGUAACCUGGAAAUACAAGGUCUUCAGCAACGGCCUGCCCAAUGGCCUGCAGUAGCCCCCGUGUUCCCGGGGCUGCCCUCCGCAUGCUCCGUGCCUUCAGCGAUUGGGGGGGGUGUGACGAGGGGCCGGGGGUGGGGCG